AUGAGCCUUUUGCCGCCGCGCAUGGUGGUCGAGCGCGCGUGGCUGACGGGGCGGCGCAAGGGAGUCGCUAUUGUCACGGGCGGAGGAUCAGGGCAUGAGCCUUUUGCCGCCGAUUUUAAUCGUAACCAAGAAUUAUUAACAAACAGGCAAGCUGCAAACGAGCAUCACCAACGUGACAGUCAUUACGUCGUUGUCAUUUCAACCUGCCAACAGCCAUCAGCGACCUAUCAAGUGUGUCUCCGUCUCUCCGAGUAUACUACAGUGGGAAUGUAUGUUAGCGGCGACGACUCCGCCCUCGCCCGAGUCUCAGGCACCGCUGGCAGGAGGGGCCUCUGUGGCACUAUGUUUGUGCUGAAGAUCGUGGGCGCCAUGGUCCAGGCAGGUGCCACGCUGGAUCAGGCCCUGGAGACAUGCCACAAGCUCGGUAGUGCCAUGGGAACUAUAGGCUUUGCUGCCAGUGCGUGCCAGAUGCCGGGGGCGCCCAAGCCCCACUUCACAGUGCCCCAGGGCAUGCUGGAGCUCGGCCUCGGGGUACAUGGCGAGAAAGGGGCAGCCACUAUAAAGGCAGGAACAGCAUCUGAAGUGAUGAAAACGCUCCUGGACAACCUGACGAGGGAGGAAUCGGAGACACGUCUUGAUCUGCAGAAGGGAGAUGAAGUGGCAGUCAUCGUGAACAACCUCGGGUGCACUUCGGAACUUGAAAUGGGCAUUCUGAGGAGGGAAGUUGUGAUGCAGCUUAAACAGCGUGGCAUAAACCCCAUCCGUGUGUACCAAGGAUCACUCAUGACAAGUCUGGACAUGAAGGGCGUACACAUAUCUGUCUUGAGGAUCCUGGAUCCCUCAUGGGUGACCCUCCUUGAUGCCCCAACUUCCGCACUGGCCUGGCCGACACCCAUACUUCAUAAGGGUGGCAAGGAUGAGGCAUUUAGUGUGCCCGAGUACGAUCUCACCCUGUCUGCCCGUGAAGCGCUGAGGAACAGCUACACUUGA